AUGUGCGAUUCUGAAAAAGAGGAUCCGUGGAACUAUUCGUCCGCCAAAAACGGAUACCUCAAUUCCAAAAGUGAAGUGCCUGAAAGCUCUCGCAAAGCUGUGGUGGAAAUUACUCGGACAGGAACUAAAACUGUUGUGGUGCAUGACAGGAAGUACGAGAAGGAAAAGUUUCUUCUAGCCGUAAUAUUAGCUCUAGCCAUAUUUUGCGGUAUCCUGUUGACGAUGGUUUUCAACAAGAAAAAUCAGUCUUGUAUUGAAAAGAAAAAGAGAAUGUGUCUUACAGAGGAAUGUGUGCGAACUGCCUCAUCCUUAUUAUCUGCAAUGGACCGUAGUGUAGAUCCUUGCGUGGAUUUCUUUCAAUACGCAUGCGGAACAUGGAAUAAAAAACAUUUGAUACCUGAAGAUAAAAGUUCAAUUAGUACGUUUGAAGUUAUGGCUGAUCAGCUGCAAGUGGUUCUUAAAGGAGUUUUGGAAGAACCAAUGAAUCUACAAGAUAAUGAAGCAACAAGGAAAGCUAAAACUUUUUACAACUCAUGCAUGGAUUUGCGUAAUAUUCGCAAAAUUGGUGACAAACCCAUUCGUGAUGUACUGAGCCAACUUGGUGGAUGGCCGGUGAUAACGAAAAAUUGGAAAUCUCCGACGUUCUCAAUAGAGGUUCUCAUAGGUUUGAUCAGGAGCCAUUAUAAUGAAGGUUUUCUUAUCGAACAGUGGGUCGGACCAGAUGAUAAAAAUAGCUCUCUGAAUAUCAUUCAAAUGGACCAAACUGCGCUGGCUCUGCCUAGCCGAGAUUAUUACUUGAAACCAAGUAGUAAAGGAGAUCUUAUAGCUUACCACAAGUAUAUGACGAAUAUAGCGAUACUGCUUGGAGCAAAUGCUAGUUCUGCUAGUGAGGAGCUACUCAAAGUGGUGGAGUUUGAAAAGCAAAUUGCUAAUGCUUCUAUUCCAGAGCAAGACAGGCAUGACACUAGCCUGAUAUAUAAAAAGAUUAGUUUGCGCGAGCUCGGAAAAAUCGUUCCACGAAUCAAUUGGCUGGAAUAUUUCAGAUCAAUUUUUGAUAUCGCUAUCAAUGAGGAUGAAUAUGUCGUUGCCUAUGGACUACCCUAUUUUAUCGAACUGGACAAACUCUUAGCAUCUACAGAUAAACGGGUUAUCCACAAUUAUAUUUUGUGGCGAUUGAUAAUGUCCUUGUCAUCGCAUUUGAUCGACGAUUAUCAGAGAGAAAGAGUCGAAUUCAGGAAGAUUCUACAGGGUGUGCUUAGUGAGAGAAACAGAUGGUCGCAAUGUGUAGAGUGGACUAACAAAAAAAUGGGGAUGGCUGUAGGUGCCCUGUAUAUUAGAGACCAUUUCAACCAUGAAAGUAAGGAAACAGCUUUGGAGAUGAUACAUACUAUCAGAGAAGCUUUCAAUGAGCUACUAGCAGAAAACCAUUGGAUGGACGAUGAAACGAGGGCUGUUGCUAAAGAAAAAGCUAAUGCCAUGAAUGAGAGGAUUGGCUACCCCAAAAUGAUAACAGACAAAGAGGAGCUCUGCAAAGAAUAUGAAUCAUUGAGCAUCUCGAAUCACGAGUUCAUGAACAAUAUACUGAACAUCAUGAAGUUCGAAGCCAAACAGAAUUUAGAUAAACUGAGGUUGACCGUCGAUAAAACCAAGUGGUCAACGGAACCAGCAGUAGUAAACGCCUUUUAUAACCCUAAUAAAAAUGAUAUAGUAUUUCCAGCUGGGAUUUUACAACCCUUAUUUUAUAGUCAGCAUUUUCCUAAGUCAUUAAAUUAUGGAGGAAUAGGUGUUGUUAUUGGCCAUGAAAUCACACAUGGGUUUGACGAUAAAGGGCGCCAAUUCGAUAAAGAUGGAAACAUGAUGCAGUGGUGGAACAACAUAACCAUCAGAGCUUUUAGAGACAGAACGCAGUGUAUAAUCGAUCAGUACUCCCGGUACAAAAUUGACGAAGUUGGAUUGUAUGUGAAUGGAAGAAUGACCCAAGGAGAAAACAUCGCUGAUAAUGGUGGACUGAAACAGUCUUUCAGGGCUUUCCGCAAAUGGGUGUCUCAAUACGGAGAGGAACCCGACCUUCCAGGGCUCAACAUAACGCAGGACCAGCUGUUCUUCCUCAACUACGCCCAAAUCUGGUGCGGCUCGAUGCGACCAGAAGACGCCCUCACGAAGGUCCGGUCCAGUGUGCAUUCCCCGGGCCCCAUAAGGGUGCUGGGGCCCCUAUCCAACUCGAAGGACUUCGCCGAGGCUUACCAUUGCCCCGUAGGGUCUCCGAUGAAUCCGACGAGCAAGUGCAGUGUGUGGUGA